UACUGCAUCCACCGCUUCGUGUUCCACAUGAAGCCGCCGGCCCACAACUACUACCUCAUCACGCUGCACUUCCUGCUGCACGGCCAGCACCACAAGUCUCCGUUCGACGGCUCCCGGCUGGUUUUCCCGCCCGGCCUGGCCUCCAUCGUGGUGGUGGCGUUCUACCUGGUCCUGCAGAAGACGCUGCCGGAGGUUUUGGGCACGUCGGUGUUCGUGGGGGGGCUCUGCGGCUACGUGGUCUACGACAUGAUCCACUACUACCUGCACUACGGCUCCCCCAAGAGGGGCUCCUACCUGUACAGCCUGAAGGCCUACCACGUCAAGCACCACUUCGAGCACCAGAGAUCAGUACGUUUUGGGACCACCCCUUCAACACCGUCAUCCCGGAUGAGAAGUUCUAGCCCCGAAACGGCUCACCAGAGGCCCCCCCCCCAGCCCCCGCCUCCUCCCCCCCCCCUUUUCCCACCCUUUGGCUUCAGGACCAGUUCAGAAAAACCCGCUUUGAGUGAGACGCCGUGGGAGAGAGAAAAGGAGCCUGGAGAUGGGGGAGUGGAGGAGGCA